AUGGCCGGCAGUAAACCCAAUGAACAGGAUCUCCUCCUGCGCAUCGCCAGUGAACGUGCCAGUGGUUUGUCAGGAGCUGAAGGAGGGAUCCAGCAUGUCCACAACACAUCAGCUUCCUGCCAAACGACCAUAUCUUCUGCUCCUGUUAACAAAGCACUUGAUCUCGAGGCUUGUGGCAGUGAUGACCAUGACGACGAAAUUCUCAAGGUGGUCCAGAUGAGGCUACAACAGCAUCGGGCAGAAAAUCGGCAAAAGAGCCUUGGCCUUUUGGCAGUCGAUGGCAAUCGCAUUCCAGAGCAAGGAUCCACGACCAGGGAUCCCUUGCCUGGAUCCGACAAUCCUGCCGGGUUGGCAGUAGCAAACAUGGUGGAGCACACGGAUAUUCCUACGGCCUUGCCACAUACUGCCGUCAAUGAUACCGACACCAGCAGGAUGCGACGGGAGCAAACGAAGCAGUUCAAGACCACGAUACUACUAGGUGUCCUUUUUGUCAUUGUCUGUAUCGUCGUAGUGGUCGCCAUUCUGGUCCCAAGUGACGACCACCAGUCUACGGAUGCAAAUCCAACAAUCCCAUUAAAGAGCAGCAGCAACAGCACCCAGGCUCCCACCCAGGCUCCCACAUCCUUGGAGGAUUCCAUCUUCUCUCUACUACCAAACGAGACAGUUGCUAGAAUCUUGAAAGACCGAGAUUCUCCUCAGUCGAUGGCAUUUGACUGGCUCAUGGAGGAUGGUGAACUACCCUCCUACUCCAAUGAACAGAUUAUGCAGAAGUUUGCCCUUGUUGCUCUGUUUCAUGCCACUGCUGGUGAACGUUGGUAUGAUAACACCAACUGGCUCAAGCAUAAUGUCAGUGAAUGUGAGUGGUACAGCAAUCCUGACUUUGCGCAAAUGGGGAACUGGAGAAGGCUUCUUGGUGAAGGCUUCCUGCGAGACUUCUUUCCUCCAACAGAACCAGCUCCUACAAUGUGUAAUGAGGAUGGAAUCUAUGAGCAUCUUUGGCUGGACCACAACAAUCUUGGAGGAACUUUACCAGAGGAGUUUUACUUGAUGACUUCGCUGAAGACAUUUUCUGCUGGAGGGAAUCACUUGGAAGGAUCCAUCUCUACUCGCGUUGGACAGCUCUCCAAAUUGGAGGGAUUUGGUGUUACUGAUGUAACGAAUGUGGGUGUAAUCCCAUCCGAGCUUGGGCUCUUGUCAAGAUUGAGGCUGCUCUCACUGAAUGAGAAUGACCAUACUGGCAGCAUUCCGAGUGAGCUCUGGUUGCUCACUAACCUGGACUCCAUGUUAGUGUUUAAUUCCCCCAGAUUGAAGUUCUCUAUUCCCACAGAGAUUGGCAACUUCAAAAGGUUGAGGUGGCUUGCUGCAAGCAACUUUGGGAUAUCUGGAACCAUUCCUUCUGAGAUUGGCACAGCAACCUCCCUGGAACUUCUUUCUUGUGGGGAAAACAAACUGACAGGUACCCUACCUAGUGAAAUUGCACAGUUGACAAAGCUGCAUGUUCUGGCACUUUGGGAGAACAAUCUUCGCGGAACAAUCCCCACAGGAUUGGAGAGAAUGACUGAUAUGUUUGUGCUGGACAUGAGUGGCAACCAACUGACUGGCACCGUCCACACAGAGUUGGGACUUCUUACAGGCCUCUCUGUCAAUUUCAACUUUGAGGGCAAUCAUCUUACUGGGACGAUACCUUCUGAGCUGGGACUUUUGUCCUUGGCAAUUGAAUUGGAGCUUUCCAACAAUCUACUCUUAGGGAAGAUUCCUAGUGAAUUUGGUCAGCUUUCAUCCAUGGGCAGACUUGCAUUUGCAAACAACUCCCUCCUGUCAGGCACAGUGCCCCAUGAACUGUCUGCACUCCAGGAAGUUCUUCAUACUAUCUACUUAGAGGGCAAUCCAGAGUUGUCUGGCACAAUCCCUCAGGGUGUCUGUGACAUGAAUGGCACCUGUGUUGGCACUGCCUAUGAUCCCUGUGAGGGUCCAUAUGGUUUAUACUUUGAAUGCACCGGGUUUCUUUGUGGCUGUGGAUGCCCCUGCUUGGAUGGCUAG